GCAGUGGAAUGAUUAUUUGAUUUACUUAGCAUAUAUAUUUGAUGUUUUGCUUAAACAUAUUAAAUGUGUUUUUAAUUGUAGUGCUUAUAGUGUUUGUACAUUCUGCAAUAAUAUCAGCACAAGAUGAUGAAGAAGCAAAAAAUUUUGAACAAGCAAUAACUAAGAUCUUUAGCCCAAGGAACAAGGCGUUGCGGAAACGUGGUUUACGCUCGAAUACAAUCAUGAACAAGGAAGAAAAAGUUGCUGAACGCAUGUGGAAUAUAAUAAAAACACUUCCCUGCAAACAGGGAUGCAGCGAUUUUGGAACGGAUUACAAAGAAUCUUUUGACGUUGUUGUUGAACUUUUUACUGGUCUGGAAACAUCGAAAGAAGUUAGCCACAGUUUGGAAACAUUUUCAAUUUUACAAUAUUUGCUUUCUUUCAUUGAAAAAAACGAGCAAAAAAAGGUAAAUGAAAAUCUUGUUGUAUCAGCAGUUUUAAGAGUUAUCAGUGAAAGGACUGACACAAGAAAUGUUCACAUCGAUACAUCCAAAAUAUUUCCCCAGUUAAACACGUACAAUGCAUUAGAUACACCAGUGUUUAAACAGGCCUCAGAAGAAAACGUUCCCUGGGAGGCUCUAACCACAACUCCUUCACGUGUACAAGGUGAUACAGAAAGGAACAAAAAUCUCUGGAAUAAGAAGAAGACUUUUAGAAAAAAUUUAUAACUUUAAAUAUUCUGGACUUGAGACAAAACAGUUUUGCUGUGUAAAUUCAGACCAAUUAAAAUAAAUGAGUGCAUUUAUUA